UACAAACCAUCUUUAUUUGGAAUUUUUGGUUUCUGACAACUUUUGGAUGACUAAACAUGCACCGGGUCACAUUGACCCGAGAACAUCAUUGCUGUACCUAGGAAACGAACAUAUCAGGAGGGUUAAGUUUCUGCAUGAUGCAGGGCACUAUGUGAAAACAUGUGUGACAAGACAGUUAACUCUGUAUCCUGCGGAGGGCAGUAAUACGCUUAACAGCGUCUACACUGCCAGAAUCUACACGAAGAAAAAGAAAAGGAACACCGGAACUGAACUGAAUUGUGAUCUGGAAGGUCUUUCAUUUUAGCUGAAGAACGAAACUUGUCUGCUUAUUUUUCCCACGAUGUAUGCCUGAGGACCAAAACCAUUGAACAAACUGUCACCUCUGGCCUGAAAUAAGCCGUCUUGCACACCACGAGACUGGAAACACAUCGUUACAUGUCAAGCAUUUAUCGGGUACUCAAUCAAAACAACAAAACGGAGCUGUUUUCUGCCCUGAAAGAAGCUUUGCUGUGCUAUCAGGCACUGGGAAGCUAACUUUGCGUUAGCUGCCUACCGAACUGAUACCGGUCGACUCGUCAAGAAUAUCCUAAAGGACAGGAGCUCAUCAGUUGGAGCAGACGAAGACAGCAGGGGAUUCAAGAACCCCUUAUCAUCUGGCCCUGAGAUGACAUCACAGCAGCCACAACUUCCCAAUGCUGUUAUUCCUCCCCAGCUUGCCCAGAACUCCUCUGCUCAGCAGGCCCGACCUCACAUUCAGGCCAAUCAGCUGGACUCGAGUCAGAGUAGUGCCACCGCUGGGCCUCUGGAUCACAGAGCUCUGACAGGUAGGCCAGGCUGCUCAGGUGUGGCAGCAGCAAGCGGAGAAGUGGCCAACAGGAACAUUCCUGCCUCCUGCACCAACUCCAGCUUGUCCAAAAGAAAUGGGGACUUCGAGCCAUGGCCUGAGGAAGCAGUGGACAAUUCCCAUGGGCUUUACUCACUUCAUCGCAUGUUUGACAUAGUUGGAGCCCAGCUAACCCAUCGGGAUGUCAGGGUACUGUCAUUCCUGUUUGUUGACGUGAUUGACGAAUAUGAGCGUGGUGGCAUCAGAAGUGGACGGGAUUUCCUGCUUGCCUUAGAGCGCCAAGGUCGCUGUGAUGAGACCAACUUCCGACAUGUUCUCCAACUUCUAAGGAUUAUCACCCGCCACGACCUAUUGCCUUACGUCACACUCAGGAAACGGCAGGCUGUUUGCCCAGAUCCUGUCGACAAGUACCUGGAAGAAACAUCAGUGCGCUACAUUUCACCAAGAGGAGCAGUGCAGAACAAGGACACUGUGCCUCACAGAAGAACAGGUCCGCAGCCAGUCAUUUGCUGUUCCCCGUCAGGACCCCAUGUUGGACCUGCUCAAACAAAGCCAACUCCUCUUGUACAAAACCGCAAACGGAGAAGUCAUUCCUCAGCUGACUGCAGAGAGAAGCAAACAUGUGAUAUCCGACUCCGGGUUCGUGCUGAAUACUGCCAGCACGAGUCUGCACUUCAGGGCAACGUCUUCUCCAAUAAGCAAGAGGCAGUGGAGAGACAAUUUGAGCGCUUCAAUCAGGCAAACACUAUCCUCAAAUCCCGAGACUUGGGCUCCAUCAUCUGUGACAUCAAGUUCUCUGAGCUUACCUACUUGGAUGCCUUCUGGAGGGACUACAUCAAUGGAUCAUUGCUAGAGGCCCUUAAAGGGGUCUUUAUCACAGAUUCCUUAAAACAGGCUGUGGGCCACGAAGCUAUAAAACUGUUGGUCAAUGUUGACGAGGAGGACUACCAGGCUGGUCGGCGUAAACUGCUCCGUAAUUUGGUCACAAGUGGAGGGAGCCCUCAAGGAGCUACCAAAGACUCUGUAUCUUAGAAAGAACUGCUGUGCCUCCCCCACAGGAAAUAGGGUGAGAUGUGGUUGUGUCAUUUAAGGUACCUGAAGUGUGUGCCUGAAAGGAACUGAAGGACUUCUACACACCGCAUUGAUUCCUUGAGAGCUAAGGUCAUAGGAUAUCGACAUGGCACCCUGAAGCAUAGCAUGCAAGGUGAUUUAAUUUUCUUCACGGAGGAGAAUGCUGAUUAAUGCGUGCAUUGAAUUUAACUAAUUUCUUGUUUCUGGUAUAUUUGCUCAUUGAAACACUUUUGUUAAGUCAAAUGAUAGGUGAUCUUCACAACCUGUUCAAAGUCCAGUUCUUUUCAUUACAGGAAAAACGCUGAGAAGUUACUCCCAGUGGGAGUUGUACCCUAUUGUCAAACUGGUUAUUUUAUUCCAAGUUUUUUUAGGUACAUUAUAGAUUGAUUGGAUCAACCCCAAUGAUAAGAGUGGUUUGUAUGUUAUAGAAAGGCACAGAGACCGUAGGACUUAAGGCUUUUACACACCAGGAUUAACAACACCAAAAUUCAGAAUACUUCCGCACAGUUUGAAUAGUUGAUGCCUUUAUUUACAGCGCCAAAGCUCAGAAAAAUCAACCUUGUUUUGAAAAAAAGUAUAUUGCUUUUCUUGCUGCAUAAUAUUUGCAUUCUGUGUUUUCAUGACAAAAACAAUGGUUCGGAAUAAUAAAAUUGACAUGGAAAUGAAUUGCACCAACAAAAGAAAAAUACCCAGGGUUUGUAAAGGCCUUCCGGUUACAAUUUGUUUUUCUAUUUCUUUCCGCUUAUUAUCCUACUUUCUCAAGACUGCCAGAGUUCUCUUGUCAGUAAAGAUGAACCGUUUUAGAUUGUUUUUUGAUUGGCUCACAUUUAUUCACUCUCGACAUUCUUGUGUCUUGGCUUUGUUUUAACAAAUUCUUUGUUUUGCAAUCUGGCUUGGUACCAGCAGCUGUGAUUCUGGCCUAAUGUGAAAUUUCAAAUGUCCGAUCACUGCCAAUAGUUAAACAUUUGUGGAUCGUUUUAAUGUGUUGAAUCCUAUCCAGUGAAACAUUGAAUCAUUCACUGGUGCGUUAGAUUUGUUUGGAUUUGCAAAUCAGUGCCAGUUUUAUUGUCAGCCUGUACUUCUGCUCACUCGCUGUCUCAUUCAUGUUCUCUCCUGAUACAACACUUAACUUUUUUUUUUAAAUUUGAAAUAACUCAACAGUCGGUGAAAGUCACAGCUAGUGUGUGUGGAGUCAUCUCAUUUGAGAUCAAAUCCAUUAAAUCCUUUUUUUUCUAUGGAAAUGUCAUGCCUCUUGGUAGAUCACGAUGUAGGUCAGUCCACAUGCUCAAAAGGCGUUAUGAGCAAGAGUUGCACUGACUUCCUCAUCCAGUCACUUGACGGCCUGCUGGACGUGUUGGAGAAACAACCAGGUAUCUCCCUGGUGAGGGCAGGGGCUGUUACAUCAGUCUUCGUCAGGAGGUGUGGCUUCUCCAAAGACAUUUGUCGCUGUGGGACUAAUAAAGGAUUAUCUUAUUCACAAAUCGAAUUGGGGAUUCUGUUAUUAAGGUUCUGAAACAGAAUAUACCAGCACUGUGCGCACCAACAUAGUAAAGUCAUUCAUGGUUAUCCUACACAAUUCAGUGUGCAUAUCUAGAAAAAUGAUGUGUUUCUAAUGGCAGAAUAUCCCUUUUACAGUGUAGUAAUAAAUGCUAACUGCUAUCCAUUAAAUUAGCUUUUAAAUUCGGUGUGUGCCUGUGACAAACCAGUGUUGACAAUAUUAAUGAUAACAAUUGUUGUGCAGUCAUAAAUAACACUCAGUGACUUUAUUGGGCACACCUUUCUAGUUCUGGGAAGCCCCCCAGAGGAGCCUGAAAUCCACAUGACACAACGUCAAAAGGUCCUGACAUACACAGCCAAGAGUCUGCAGUUAUAUGCCGUUGAGCUUCAGUCGGCAGUAGUUUUUGUGUGGUAUGUCUCCAUGUCAGCCCUUAUCACAAGCUAAUUAAUAAUGUAUUAUAUGUUGCAGAAUUAUAUUAUUAUAUUCAAAGCAUAUGUCAAAAUUGUUUAAUUGGAUUGACAGUGGCUUGUUUUUUAUGUUCAUCUUUCUGUUUCAUACUUAGUGGAUUAGGAAACGGACUACUACUGCCGGGUGCAGAACUUCCAUGCAUAUUGGCGGCCAAUGGCUUUAGGCUGUAAUCUCCGUUCUGUGUUCAA